CGGGGAAGAUGAGCAUAGUUAACAAUAGUUAACAAUAGUUAACCGGUACAAGUUAAUACUUAGUUAAAAGGUACUAGUUAGAAUCUACAAGUAUAUUAUAUAUAGUAUCACAAUGUCACGACAUCAGUAUGAUUUAAUCCAAUGUAUGAAACAACCAGGUCCAAAAGUUGGUCAAGUAUGUAGUCAAUGUGAAGGUAAAUGUCCAAUGUGUGAUUCAUUAGUAAAACCUACAAGUAAAGUAUAUAUAUGUGGAGAAUGUUCUAAUCAAAAUAAUAAUCAAGCUAAAUGUAUACUAUGUAAUAAUAAUUUAGGAGGUGAAUUUAGUGAAGGGGUUGAUGCUUAUUAUUGUCUAGAAUGUGUUAGACUAGAGAAACAUCGCGAAGGUUGUCCUAGAAUUAUAAAUAUAGGUAGUCUAAGAAGUGAUUAUAUCUCCAAUAAGAAGAAUGGUAAUACUAAUACAAAUAGAUUACUAACUUAAAUGACAUGUAAUAACAUAAACAAAAUGAAACCUAUAUACCAAUAAAUAUGUAUAUACGUAUAUACAUAUAUAUAUAUAUAUAUAACUAUAUAUAUUGAUAGAAUAAA